ACCAGCAACAUCGCUGCCUAGACUCAAACUGCACCCCCACAUCGCGCACAAUACUGGAACAUUGAGCCACAUCUUUAAACGAUCCGUCGCACCUGUACAAACCUCACAAGCUCCAAAUCGCAUCAUCUCACGCAUCGACGAUGGCGGACACAUCCGCGCAACCUAAGCCAAGCAGCAGCGUCAAGCUCGUGCUGCUAGGAGAAGCAGCUGUGGGAAAGUCUUCCCUUGUUAUGCGCUUCGUGAACAACGACUUCCAAGAAAACAAAGAGCCAACUAUCGGAGCUGCUUUCCUCACGCAGAAAUGUAAUCUACCGAGCCGUACUAUCAAGUUCGAGAUCUGGGAUACCGCAGGCCAGGAACGUUUUGCCUCGCUCGCACCCAUGUACUAUCGCAAUGCGCAAGCCGCCCUCGUCGUGUACGACAUCACCAAGCCUUCGUCACUCACAAAAGCUCAACACUGGGUCGCCGAACUGCAUCGCCAAGCCUCGCCUGGUAUUGUCAUUGCACUCGUAGGAAACAAAUUCGAUCUUGCCACCGCUGGUGACGAGGACAGGCCAGAGGAUGCAGACGCUGCGCCUGCAGCCGAGGGAGAAGAAGAGCAGGCACAAGACGAUCAAGACUCCAGGAGAGUGCCCAGCAAGACUGCAAAGGCAUAUGCCGACGAAGAGAGUUUAUUGUUCUUCGAAACGAGUGCAAAGACUGGGCACAAUGUUGCUGAGGUGUUCACUGCUAUCGCAAACGCAAUUCCAGAGGCGAGCUUAAAGGGACCACGCCAUGUAGGCGGCCAAACCAACCUGGCUAGGCAAGAUGCUGACCGGGUAAACCUGGGCAGCGCGCAGCCACAGGGUCCCAAAGAAGGUUGUGCGUGCUGAUAUGCUUUUGGGCAAUGGGCUUCAACUACAUAUUAAUGGGCGGAAACACUGGAGAUAUAGAUUGCCAGAGUGUUGAUCGCAGCUUUAUGACGAUAUUUUUUUCUCUUUCCUACCCCUACUUGGCGUUGUAUGAGGAGAAGCGUAGUACUCUUUUGCUUGUCAAUAAUAUUGUUUAGCAAUGCAUUGAAGACUAGCUGCUUAGUUAUGAGAAACUGCGCUAGAUAUAUCAGAGCAGGAAUGCUACUGUGAUACCUGU